AUGUCCCAGAUUUGUCAAUUAAAUGCUUUGCUGCAAGUUACUGCAGCUAAAACCGAUUUCGAAGAUGAAUUUCUUGAGCACUACUUAAAGCAAGUCGUAAAACUAGUUAAUUCGUCAGAUUUGUCAAAAGCACUGACAGAAGAAUUCAUAUUGUCUGUCAAAUGUUUGAUUAACAUAUGCUCAUCUACUCAAGGAAUACACCUUUUAACAACCCUGUUGUCAAAUCAGGAAAAACCUGAAGAAUUCACUCGAAUUCUGACUACUCUUGCUCUGGAUAAUUCAAGAAAUCAUGCUGAUUUGGCGCCUCUAGUUAUUGAUUUGAUUUCAAAUUUGACUAGAGAUCCCGUUUGGUUGGGUCAUUUCAGUCAACAUUUUGAUAACCAACAUGUUAAAUUGAUUCUCAGUUCAGAUGCUUCCAUCAAGAAGUUUCUUCCAAUAUUACUUAAUCUAAGUAGCCUUACAUCAGUACGCCACACCAUAUGCUCCUCAGAACUAGUGCAAAAGCUGGUUGGUUUAUUUUUAGAAAUUUCCUCUACUCCGAAGAAAAUUCUCAUAGCUGGUAUAAUCAAAAACUGCUCAUUUGAAGACGAACUUCAUUGUGAACUUUUUGACGACAAAGUUGGCUUGCUUGGUGCAUUUUUAGUUCCACUUUGUGGUCCAGAGGAUUCUAUUGACGACGAUGAUCGUGCUGUGUUGCCUAAAUCUGUGCAGAUUAUAACUGGGAACCCCCAAUUCUCUCGUUUGUUUUCCACUGAGUUGUAUCUUACAAUUUGCCAAACAUUAUUGCAGUUUUGCGCCACCAGUUACGGACGAACAUUUCUUCGAUCUAAUGGAGUUUAUUUUGUUUUACGUGAGUUGCACAAUUAUUUAACAAAAGCUGAAGAACAACCACAGUGUCCUGAAACUGAUGAAACAGUUACAAACAAAGAAUUAUUGUUUUGCGUCGAGCAAGUAGUAGAUCAACUUAUUUGUGAGGAAGGUGAACGCGAUGAGCACUGUGCUAAAUCCAGUCUUAGAGAAAUAGCUGUUGAUGCAAAAACUACGGAAAAACUUGACAAAGCCACUUUAGAUUCAUACAAACAAACAAUUUCAGAUAUGACUAUAUCAUCAACGAUAUUUUAUUCUCAAUGGCCAGUUGUUCAAUUUAAAUUAAAUGAUAAAAAUAUCAAUUAUUCUGCUGUUAUAAGUUCAUCUGACAAAUUCUGUACUAUUGAAUCUUGUAUCAAUUGGAAUCGAUGUCGACAUACAAGAUUUUUGAAGUUUUGUACUGACUUUGAUGGUUCGAAUAAUUCUACAUCAUUUAACCAAUUACUUCAAAACUCUCCACAUUUUACUAAAAGCUGUAAUCUAGAAAAUGGUGCAUGUUUAAAAUUAACUUUCGGUGCUGAAGGUGCUCAAAAAUGUAUACAGGAAUCUGCACUGAAGUUAACCAAUUUACCAACAUGUAUUGUUUUAUUUUUCAAUACAUUUGAACUUGACCAAAUACAUCAGAAAUAUAAUUAUUCAACGAAUCAUUUCAACUUUGUACUAGUUGCUUAUUCAUUUCCUGAAAAUACAUUUCGCAGAGGAUUUGAUUUUUUAUUGCCAAUAAAUUACGAUAUUUUGUGUAAAUACUCACAGAAAAUUUGCUUUAAUUCUUCACCUGUGCAUUUACUACCUGGCAGACGUUCAUUAUUACUCAGUUUUAAUAUUGGAAUAUUAUCCAAAAGUCAUAUUGUUGAAAAUUAUUCAUCAUUUAAUCAUUUAGUUAUUGAACACUUGAAACAUUUCGAUAACAAUAGUCAUAAAAAGAAUGAAUCAUCGUCUAUUCUUUCUAUAUCAAUUCAUAAAACUGUUGAUGAACUUAAAACUUGUUGGUCUAAUAAAUAUAAAGAAUUCCUUUCAAAAAAUUCUCUAUCUGAUAUUGAUUGGUUUCCAUGUGAAGAUUCUUCAUUACUUCUUCGCGAAUCAACCUUCGGAUUAAUAAUGACUGGGGCAAAAAAUUCAUAUUUGAGUUUUGGAUUACGAAUUCAACUGAUCAACUGUCUGGCUAGUGGUGCUAUUCCUGUAUUUGUUGGAAACAAUGAUCUAUAUACUGAUGAAGCGAUCAAUUCAGAGUUAUUGUCUAAAGUUAUUAUACACGUUCCUAGACCUCGAAUUGAAGAACUUCCAGCUUUACUUCAAUCUUUGCCUGAAGCACAUAUCGUUGAGAUUCGCCGACAGGGUCAGAUUUUGUUUCAGCGUUAUUUAAAAGAUAAAUCAUCACAACUUACAACUUUAUUGUUAGCUGUUAGUCGACGUCUUGCUUUUCCUCAACCUCCUGCUCCACAGUGGUCUAGCCUACCAGCUUACAGAGAAUUUCAACCACCUAAACAGUAUCCCAUACAUAAAGAGAAUAAUUUUCAAGUUGAUUUAGAUGAUUUUCUUGGUCCGGUCGGACCACAAAAAUCUUCUACUAUUUAUCAAUCAAAUUAUACAGGUCCUGGUGGAUCAGCUCGAUUAGCUAGUGUAUCUUUUUAUGGUGGCACUAGUGAUAUGGUUAAUCCGCUAUGGUUAUUUCCUUCAACACCAUGGGAACCACCACUCCCAUCAGAUGCUGCAUUUGUACCAUAUGGUUCCACAAAUCAUGGUCUGAGACCAAUUAAUCAUACCAUAAAUCUCGCAGGAUAUGAAUUCAAUAUGAAUUUAGGUGGUAUGUAUCCUUAUGAACAGUUUACUAUUGUAAUGCUGACUUAUGAUCGUUUUAAUUUAUUAUGUCAAACAUUAGAAAGUUUCCUAAAUCUUCCAUAUUUACAUUCAAUUUUGGUUGUAUGGAAUAAUCCUGUUCCACCCAAUCCUGAUCUCAGCUGGCCACAAUUACAUGUUCCAAUUAAAGUUAUUCUUAGCCAAAACAACAGUUUGAAUAAUCGAUUUUUACCUUAUGAUUUAAUCGAAACUGAUGCAGUACUUUCCAUCGAUGAUGAUAUUCAACUGCGUCAUGAUGAAAUUGUUUUUGGAUUUCGUGUUUGGCGUGAACAUCGUGAUCAGUUGGUUGGUUUCCCAGCCCGAGCUCAUUUUUGGAAUGAUUCUAAUAAUUCAUGGUUUUAUAAUUCUGAUUAUAUGUGUGAAUUUUCAAUGAUUCUCACUGGAGCUGCAUUUUUUCACAAGUAUUAUGCAUUUGCCUAUACGUGGGAAAUGUCUCCUGAUAUUCGUAACAUGGUGGAUAGUUAUUUCAAUUGUGAAGACAUAGCGAUGAAUUUUCUUCUUGCACAUAUAACUAGAAAACCUCCACUCAAGGUAACACUUCAUUGGUCAUUUGACUGCGUUUACUGCGGUUCUACUCUACACGACCGUCCAGAUCAUUAUGCUGCUCGUUCCCGUUGCAUUAAUUGGCUGACAAACCACUAUGGAUACAAUCCUCUUAUGUACAGUCAGUACAGGGCUGACUCGGUCCUAUUCAAAACACGUAUUCCACCCAACAAGCAAAAGUGUUAUAAAUACAUAUAA